AUGGUGCUAUGCAUACGUUUUGAUGAUUCCACACACAACAGAGCGGGCAGCGAGAAAGAUAUAGCAAAGAUUAGAAGAUUUUUUCAGGAUUAUAGGAUUGACCAGCUCACUGAAGCCACGAACAAAACUGCUGCGGAAGUGCGCUACAUAAUGGAUAAGAUUGCUCGCAAGGAUUUUAGUGACUACAGCUGCUUGAUAAUCAUCGUAAUGAGCCAUGGACUAAUGCACGAUCAAAUCGAAGCUCGUGAUGGUAGACCGUACUGCUUUGAGGGAGAUAUUGUGGAGAAAUGCACCUCAAAUCGGACGCUCGAUGGCAAACCGAAACUUUUCAUCGUGCAGGCCUGCCGAGGAGAGUCAACAGUAGCAACGGAUUCUAUCAACACCCAGAGCAACAAGAAUGAUGUUUUGAUUUUUCAAAGCACCUACAAAGGAUUUGUCGCAUUCCGAGACACACAAAAUGGAACAUUUUUCAUUCAAAAUUUCUUCAAACUGUUGGAGGAACAUCGAAACGAAGACAUCAGCUUGAUCAAUAAGCACCUGAAUCGAGUUUUCGCACAAAACGGAAUUUCACAAAAUCCUACCAUGAGCACCACUCUUCAGAAGGAUUUCGUUUUUGCUGACCUUCGAAUGCUUUGA